AUGUCCUUUCCGACGCGAUCGCUGUCGACGCACAUGCGCGCCCCCAGCGGGUCGGCCUCGACUGCGUCUCAAUCACCCGCGCUCGUCGCUCGAAUCGAGGAGAAGAAGGCGGAGCUGGAAAACCUCAAGGAACUACGGGACCUGAGCGCCGCUGUAGCUGGGCAGAUGGAGGCCCUGGAGCACAAGCUUCAGACCCUUUCGGGCGGGACAGAAGCUAUCGCAGCCGUCAUGGGCAACUGGCAUAACGUGCUACGAGCCAUCAACAUGGCCUCUGUGAAACUUGCAGCACCAUCGGGCGAAUCGGCCAAGGAAGAAAAGGUGUCGGAGCCGCUCCCACAGACGUUGGUGCGCAUCCCAACCGAGCACGCGCCGACUCUCCAGGCCCAGGCAGAGACAAUGGAGGCUGCUGCACCCGAGGACGCGUCGACGACAAGCGUGUGA